AUGGCCACCACACAACAGCCUAUCAACAGCAAUGGCGCAGCUGUGCGCCCCACGCACGAGGACGAGGACGAGGACGAGGAGAACAUAUUUUUGUUCGUUCCUAACCUGAUCGGCUACUCCCGCGUCGUCCUCGCCCUCACUUCCCUUUACUACAUGCCUCUCCACCCCCGCACAUGCACAGCCCUCUACACCGUGUCGUGCCUGCUCGACGCGCUCGAUGGCUAUGCAGCCCGCGCCUACGAGCAGAGCACCAAGUUUGGCGCCGUGCUGGACAUGGUUACCGACCGCUGCACAACAUCGUGUCUGCUUGUGUUCCUUGCACAGGCUUUUCCCCGCUUCAGCAUCGUCUUCCAGGGCCUCAUCUCUCUGGACUUGGCGAGUCACUACAUGCACAUGUACGCAACGCUGAGCAUGGGCGGAAGCGGGAAGAGCCACAAGGAUGUGUCUGCGAGCCGGAGCUGGAUCUUGAGGCAGUACUAUUCGAACAAGUGGGUUCUUUUCACCUUCUGCGCUCUCAACGAAGCCUUCUUCAUCGCUCUCUAUCUGCUCUCCUUCUCUUCGCCGCUCCUCAGCCCUACGCUUUUCGCCGACCCCGCCAACCCCUCCUCCCUUGCGCCUGGCUCGCCCGCCGCGCCGAAGCCGAGCAUGUUCUUUGCUUCUCCCUUCUCCGCCGGUGCCAUGGAGAUGGCGCGUGCCAACAAGAUGGACUCAACUGUGCCAUGGAUCUGCAUGGUCAUCUCUGCGCCCAUCAUGGCGGCAAAGCAGUACAUCAAUGUGGUGCAAAUGGUAAAGGCGAGCAAGUGGCUUGCUGAGGGCGACAGGGCAACGAGGAAGGCUGCAGGGCUACCGAGGCGAGGUGCAAAAAAGACGCAGUAA